AUGGUUCAAAACAAAGGUCUUAUCUUCAAGCAAGUUCCUCAGGGAGUUCCUGUUGCAGGAAAGGAUUUGGUCAUUGAGACUCGUGAAUUCGAUCUUGACCAAGCACCACCCGCAGGAGGUAUCACAACCAAGAACUUCUAUGCCUCCUUCGAUCCUUACCAACGUGGACGCAUGAGAGCGGCAGAAGCCAAGUCCUACUCCCCAGCUUUCCCAUUAGGACAACCUAUCAACAAUAACACUGUUGCCAAAGUUAUCAAGUCAGACAACCCUAAAUUCCAACCGGGAGAUCUCCUCACCGGUUUCAUCUGGACUGAAGAGUACUCUGCUCUCCCAAAACAACUCGCAGAUGGCGCAACCAAAAUUGAGAACCCAUACAACUUGGACGUAAAGCAUUUCCUUGGAGCAUUGGGCAUGCCCGGAUUGACCGCAUACUCCUCAUUCUACGAAAUCGGCAAGCCUGUUAAGGGCGAGAUCAUCUUCAUUUCUUCCGCAUCCGGAGCUGUUGGAGCCCUUGUUGGACAACUUGCCAAGCACGAAGGUCUCACAGUUAUCGGGUCCGUUGGUUCUGACGACAAAUUAAACUACAUCACCAACGAACUGAAGUUCGAUGGCGGUUUCAACUACAAGACCGAGAAGCCAGCCGAUGCUCUCAAGCGUCUCGCACCAAACGGUAUCGAUAUCUACUACGAGAACGUCGGAGGAGAACAAUUAGAAGCUGCGAUCAAUGCCAUGAACGAUCACGGUAGAAUCGUCGCUUGCGGUAUGAUUAGCGAGUACAGCAAACCGGAAGCCGAGAGAUACCCUAUCAAGAACUUGAUGAAUAUUGUUGCAAAGAGAAUCACAAUGAGAGGUUUCAUCGUGGCUGAUGCUAACAUGGGCCCAUUACAUGUUAAGGCAAGAGACGAGAAUGUUGCUAAGUGGUUGGCGGAUGGAAGCUUCAAGGCCUCUUUGAGUGUUACUGAGGGAAUCGAUAAUGCGGCAGAGGGAUUCGUUGGUAUGCUUGGAGGAAAGAACUUUGGAAAGGCGGUUCUUAAGAUUGCUGAUUUCGAGUAA